AUGUGUUUCUAUCAUCAGUCUUCCUCAUAACGUUAGUUUGUUGAAAAAAGUGUGAUAAAAAAAUCAAACCAUACAAUUGCAACUUUACAACACCAUAAUGUCCGAAGGAGUUCCUCAGUUAUCAUAUUCUUUGAAUUUAUCUUUUAAUGAAAACACUGCGAACAAAAGUAAUAUUGCAGAUUCCAGACUUCAAUAUGUGAAAAUAAAUCGUGAUAACACUAUUAAAACGAAUUCUGCAUCUCCUUCAACAUUGUUAAACACAACAGUUCCUGAAGCACUGCAACAAGUGCUAAAACAUUAUGGAGUUGAAGACAAAAUGUUUCAUAAGAGGGAUUUGUCAUCCUUUCGUUUUUCAUCAGCAAAGCUUCCGGAAGAAAGAAGUAUUGCUGUAAAUGAUAUAACAUUCUCUAAUUUUCGAAAAAUCCAAAAUGAUUCUUUUUUGAAUUCAACAUCUUAUGCAUCUAUUCAAAGGAAGAAGAAAAAAAAUCGACCGAUUAAAAUUGAUACAAAUCACAAACUCAAAUACUCUGCAUUAAAUAAAUUUGAGAAGAAAAAAAGACAUGAAAAAGAUUUAGUAGUGCAGAAAAAUUGUGAAAAAUAUUGUACUAAAGAUUCAGUCUGUAAGGAAAUUAAAAUUAUAGAGAAUGUGGUCUUACAAAAAGCUGAAACUAAUAGGAAAUAUGAUAGCUCAAACAAAUAUAUUUCUAACUUGUUCUCAAACGAAAAGAUCAAUGACCAUAAAAUUAUGGAUAACAAGGAUAAGCUCUUUCCCGAUGGUAAAGAACAUAAGGAGAUUAUUGGCAGCGGAGAAUUGAAAGAAUUGGAACUUGAGAGAAGAAGAAAUGAAGUAUCUAUUGAUAACUCCAAUGAAAAUGUUCAAUCAUCUUUUCAGAAUAAAUCAGAUGAUUCAAAUCAGGAGAAAAAUAAGACUUCUGAUGCAUUAAUGUAUUGGGGAGAUCAAAACAAAAUGGGACAGAAGUGGAAAAAAGUAAAAGAUAAUAUCUCUAUAAAAGACAUAGGCAAAAGAAAUUUUUCUUUAAAUGUCAAAAACUGUAUGAAUAAAUAUAUUAAAGAUGAAUCCUUAGCAGUUUCUAACAGUGAAGGAAAUCAUUCAGUAUUAGAAUCUUGCGAUGAAGUAGGGAAAAUAUUGAAAGACAGCAAGGCGAAGUCUAGAUCAAAGAGUUCAGUUAGGGGCAAUUUAGAUUUUAAAGAAAAUGAAUAUAAUAUUUGUAAGUCUUCCACGUACAAAGAUGAAAGGGAUAUAAAGUCAAUAGAAUUUUUGGAAAUAUCAAAAGAUCUUGUUUACAGUAUCGAUAAAGUGGAAAGUAUAAUUGGUGAGAAACUUGAAGGUGUUGAAGAAGAGGAUGAGAAGCUAAUGAGGACAGAUGAAAAAUUGAUUGAAGAAGAAAAAGAGAUCAGUUCCUUCAAUUAUAUUGAUGAUGAAAACCAGGAAGAUGCAAUAAACAAUGAUGAAAAAAAUUCUAUGAAAGCAAAAAUUGAGAAUUUCUCUGUAAAUAAUGAAUUAAAUAUUGAAUUGCCCAUUCUAUUUGUUGAUGAUAUGGGGAAUAACCAAAUCACCCAAAACCAUAAAAAAAUCAGGGAAAUUGAUUCAGAAGUAUGUGAUACAAAAAUUGAAAAACUGCAAACUCGGAAAUAUGUUGAGGGAAAAAGAAGUGAGUCAAUGAAAAAUCAGGAGUAUUUGGCUGUUGAUGAAAAUAAUUUCAAUAUAAAUACAGAUGAAGCUCAUGCAGAUGAGAAACGUAGUAAGAAGAAGGAGGAACAGCCAAAUGAAAAACAAGAAAUCUUUGAGAAUAGUAUUGAAGGCUCAAAUGAUAAUUUUUCUUCUUACAAGGUGAUUCAAAAUGAUAUGCAGUGCAAACUAAAAUAUGUUACUGGAAGAAAGAAGAAGGUUAAAGAUACGGGAAUUAAAAAACAAAUUUUUAGAGGAACAAAAGAAAAAAAUAGCAUGGAAAAAAUUCCUCAUGAGGUAGACACUACAAAAUUGGAAAAAGAAAUGGACCUAAAAAUCAGCGAAACAAGCAAGGAUGAACAUUCAGAAUUUGGAGAAAUCAUCAACUGGGCAUCAGGAGAUAUGAAAUCAGAGAAAUCCACAAAGAUGAUGGGAAUCAUUGAAGAAAAUGGUCAAAAUUUCGAUGAUAAGUCGAAAAAUUCCAAAGGAACAAAGGGAGAAAAUCCAGAUAUAAAUGAAGAAAUAAAAAGCUUUAAUAGCUCAGGAAUUAUUCAACAAGGAGUCGACACUAAGGAAUUUGAAGACAAAAUGGACAUAAAUAUCAGGGAAACAAGCAAGAAUGAACAAUCAGAAUUAGGACAAACCACCAACUCGGCAUCAGCUAAUAUGAAAUCUGAAAAACCCACAAAGAUGAAGCAAAUUACUAUUAAAAAAAAUAGUCAAAAUUCCGAUGAUGAGACAGACAAUUCCAAAAGAACAAAAGGAGAAAAUCCAGAUAUAAAUGAAGAAAUUAAAAGCUUUAAUAGCUUAGGAAUUAUUCAACAUGGAGUCGACACUAAGGAAUUUGAAGACAAAAUGGAGAUAAACAUCAGGGUAACAAGCAAGAAUGAACAAUCAGAAUUAGGACAAACCACCAACUCAGCGUCAGCUAAUAUGAAAUCUGAGAAACCCACAAAGAUCAAGCAAAUUACUAAUGAAGAAAAUGGUCAAAAUUCAGAUGAUACGAAAAAAAAAUUCAAAGGAACAAAAGAAAAAAGGCCAGAUAUAAAUGAAGAAAUGAAAAGCUUUAAUAGCUUAGGAAUUAUUCAACAUGGAGUGGACACUAAGGAAUUUGUAGACAAACUGGAGCUAAACAUCAGGAAGACAAGCAAGAAUGAACAAUCAGAAUUAGGAAAAACCACCAACUCAGUGUCAGCUAAUGUGAAAUCUGAGAAACCCACAAAGAUCAAGCAAAUUAUUAUUGAAGAAAAUGGUCAAAAUUCAGAUGAAACGAAAAAAAAAUUCAAAGGAACAAAAGAAAAAAGGCCAGAUAUAAAUGAAGAAAUGAAAAGCAUUAAUAGAAUGGACAUUAUUCCUCAUGAGAUGGAAACUAAUGAAUUGGAAGACAAAAAGGAGCUAAACAUCAUCGAAACAAGAAAGCAUGAACAUUCAAAAUUAGGAGAAAUCAUCGACUGUGCAUCAGCAAAUAUGAAAUCAAAGGAAUCUAUAAUGGUAAAGCAGAUUGAAGAAAAUGGUCAAAAUUCAGAUGAAGAGAAAGAGAAAAGACAUGGAAAUACAAGUCCAAAGUCGAAACAUAAAAGUAUUGGGAAGUCCAAAAAAAAAUUGAAAAAGAACAUUCUUAACCAGAUAAUUAACAGGUUGAAUUUAAGCGAAGAUGAACUGAUAAGAAAUGUCAAUGUUAACGCCAAUAAAGAAGUGAAACCUAAUGAAAUUGGAGAAUGUAUUUUACCCAAAAUUAUUGACAAUAUCAAUCCGAAUAUUCCAGAACAGAUAAAUGAAGAUUUUGGGGAAUCAACAACCGAGGUCAAGGUAUUCAAUAAAGAAAUAAAAAAUAAUAUUGAGAAAGAAAAACUAUCAAGAAGAAAAGGAAAUAAACAACUUCAGAAAGGUUUUGAUGGCAACAUCGACCACAAGAAUGAAAUAGAAAAUGGGAUUAUGUCAACUGAAAUAGAAAAUAGUAAAACAGAGAAGGAAAUCUCUAGCACCAAACAAAAUGAAUCAUGCUGUGCACAUACUGAGCAAGAAAAUGGAACCUCUGUAGUCGCUGAAGUAAAAAAAGAACCAAAAAAAUCUAAGAAUAAGCUCAUUAAGGCAAUUUUGGAGGAUAAAAUAGGAAUAAUUCAGAGUCCUGAAUUUGGAAAAAAAACCAGAAAAACUAAAACUUCAACUUCUGAUUCUCUAUUUUCUGAUCAAGAAAAUUUGGCAGAGGAUAAAGUGUUCUCCAGGAAGAGGAAAAAACAUAAAAAAUUGUUUGAUGUAGAAAAUUAUACUUCAAAAUUCAUGAAUGAUUCUAGAGAAAUUACGACAGGGCCUGAAGAUGAAACCAGUAAUAUUGCAAUCCUUUCAAGAACUAAAAGGAAGAAGGAAAAGAAGAAGUUAGGACCAUUUAAAGAAACUGAAAACUAUUCUGAAAUUAUAUCGCUAAAGCAUCAAGAAGAACAAAACAAUGUAUUAAUUUAUGAUAAUGAAGUGAUUAGAGCAGAAAAUAUUGAAGUUGAAAGGAAACAUAUAAGUCAACUAAACGAAAAGGAAAAUUCCGAAGACACACUGAAAUCUCUAAUUAAAAGACAACCUUCAUUAAUUGAAGGAAAAAGAGAAGAAAUGUGUGAUAAUUCAAAGACACAAAAAAAAAAUCUCUGUAGACAUAAUGAAAACCAUGAUUUUGCAAAUGCCAAAAAUUUUCAAGAGAAUGCUUCUCAAGAUGAUGUUGAAUUUGAAAAAAAAACGAAAAUGAUUAAGAAAAUGCACGAUAAAGUUAAAAAAAAUAUAAAUAACAUAGUUGAUUCUGAAAAUGAAACGAAACCUCCCCAUAAACAAAAAAGUAUGAAACCAAAAAUUAAGUUGAAUGAUCAUAUAUCUAAUAUUCUUUCUGAUAAAUUCAAAACAUUCUUUGAAAGGCUGGAAAAUAGUGAUGAAAAAAAGAAGAAUAAAGCUACUUUCAAAUCAAAAGAGGGGGAGAAUACUGAAUUAGAAAGACCAUAUAUUUUGGAGCAUGAAAAAAUAUCAAAAAAAUCAGAGUCAUCAAGUAUCCAUAAUAUUUCGAUCAAUUCCUAUUGCGGUAGAGGACAGGAUAAAGGAAAUAUUGAUGACGUUAUGGAUUUAGAAUCAUCUGACGAGGAUCCAGAAGAGGAAUAUAGAAAAAUGCAGUCUUACAUGAAUAAUGCUCAUGAUAGACCAUCGGAUGAUUUUGUUGAGCAGCUUAUUGAGAAAAAAAACAAAAGUGUUGAAUUGAUGUUAUCAGAUGAGAAACCCUUGCUUUCAUCUGAAUUGAUCGAUCAAGUAAAUAAAGAUAUUAUUGAUGAUAAUAUGGAUUUAGUAUCCCUAGGAAAUCCUGAGUUAGAAUGCAAACAAAGUAAUUCUCCCAUGUGGUUGCAAAAGAAAACUACUGAGUCAGAUUCCGAAAGUACACACCUUGAUAAUUGUGAAAAAUUCAGCAAAAAAAUUUCAAAUAGCAACAAAAAAUCACCAUCAAGUAAAAAUAGAAAAUCCAGUGCAGAUAAUGAGGAUGGGCUGUCUUCUAUUGAUAGGGAUAAUCGAAAAGAUUCAAAACGUAAUGAUGGAGGUGGGCAGAUCGGUACAUGGACAAAUAAUGUCUUGAAUUCCCCACAGAAUCUUGAAAAAAAUCUUGAAGAAAAUGAAAAUAUCCCAAGUAAUGUUACAUAUCUUAAUGAUGACAUGGAAUUGGAACCAGAUAAUGGAUUACAAUUGCGGGAUCAGAAAUGUGAGACUUCUUUGUUGUCCCCACAAAAAAAUAAUAUACAAAAGACUAGCAGAAGUAUGAACUCUUCAAGUAGCAUAAAACAUUCAUCCAAGUGUAGCAAACCAAAUGAGGGGGAUACAGAAAAAACUGAUAUUCUAAAAAAAACUAUGUCAUGUAAAAAUGAUGAAAUAAUUGAAAUCGAAACGACCUCUGAAGUUUUUAUACCAAAUGAGAUCAAAUCAAUUACUGAAAUUAAUAUAACUGAUUCUGAGCACAACAUAAAGGAAGUUGACAAUGAACUGAAUAUGGAUAAAAGGAAAGACACUCAAUCUUACAUCAAUACCUUUAUUCGACAAUCUAAACUAGGUAUAGACAUUGCAUCAGAAGUAAUGACUGGUGGAGUAAUAUCAACAAUAAGUGAACUUCCAAAUGUAAGUAAACGCUCCAAUGACCUUUCUAUAAAAAAAGUGAGCAAACGUAGAAGAAAAUCCGAUGCAAAUGACGGAACUCCCAAUAAAAAUUGUGCUGAAAAUCCGAGCAAAAAAAGGAAAAUUCUAAAGAGUCAAACAGGAAAAUUGAACAAAAAGAAAAAUAUUUCAACUAACGAUCCAAAUACAACUAAAUCUAGAAGUAUUUUGGAAUACUUCAAAAAAGAAAAUGAUCAAAAAGAUUUGAGUAAAAGUGAGUCAGCAUCGAAUAUCGAUAUUGAAGGCGAUAUGUCUGUUAUUAAUGAUGAUGUUAAUGAAAUGCUCAGUCAUGGAGACAAAAAUAGUGAAAAAAAUCACAAAUGUGUUGCCAAAAAUUUCGAACAAAAAUUGGAUUCAAAUAAUGGCCAGAAAAGAAAUCUGUACUCAUUUGCUGAUAUUUUAUCUCAAUCUCACACAAAACAAAUGAAAGAAGAAUUCGAUGAAAUCUGUAAUGAAUCGUCCAGAUGUGAUGUAAAUGACUCAGAACCCAGCGAGUCUUUUUCAAACAAUUCAUCAUACAUUGAUGAUCCUGUGAACCCACCAAGAAGGAUAAAAAAUAACAGUCCUGAAACUUCCCCUGACAAAGAUGAGAGAGAUUCAAGAAAAAGUUUAGCCACAAAACUAAGAAGGCGUACAGUUGAUUACCGAUCUCCAACUAAGAAAGAAUUGAAAGAAAAAGAAAGGAACACAAAAAUAAUAAAACUUAUAAAACAGUCGAAAUCUAUUUGGGAAAUUAAAAAGGAACUAAACAUUCCUCAAAGCAGUCAUUUAAAAAAAGAAAUCAAGGAUUUGAAUGUUGAAAAUCCUUUUCCUUUAUCACCAAUUCAGAAAAUCGCAUAUUUCAUCAUUACUCCUCCAUCAGAUGAACAGAGAGAAGCACUUCAUGCUGAAGGAAUCAAGCUGAAAUUAGGACUUUUCACUGAAGAAGAAGACAAUAAGAUUAUGAAAAACUGGAAGAAAUUUUGUGAGCAUCAUGAUUGGGAUGGCACAUACUAUUUGCCAUUCAUGAACCGCUCUAGGAAAGCUAAACAUGGCGUUUUGCCAGAUAAACAAUUGGUUUUAUUUGUGCAAUUUAUUUCUCAUGGAUUCGAAAAUAGAACAAUGAAUACUAUAUAUGAAAGAUUCCGAAGAAUAAUCUCAAGUGAAGUGCAAAAUUCUGGAAGAUUUACUGCUGAAGAGGAUGAAAUAAUCAUGGAGUACUUGAGGACCAACAAUUGUAUAAAGCGUUUCACAGACAUUGCUACAAUAUUGAAUAGGCCUCGAGAUGCUGUUGCCAGGAGGUACAACUUGCUAAAAAUGAAGAAGAAACUGAAAUUGACAAGAAUACAUUGGACUAAAGCUUUGGCCGAAAAGCUUUUGGUCGCUUUAGUAGAAGAGACUUGCACCAUAAGUUUAUCAGAGCUGAAAAAUCGUAAAAUCUCGUCACAAGUAUGGGCUCGAGUUGGAAAAAGAAUGAAACUUCCAGCUGUUAGAAUUAGGAGGACAUGGUACCUCAAUUUUUACCCUAGAUUCUUCGCACAAAAUUAUUUCGAAAAUAUUGGUGAUACCAGAAAAAAAUUGAUCGAUAUCGUGUCUGCGAGAUAUUCACGCUGGAGAGGUAUCGAUUGGGGAGUAGUGGCUAGAGAAAUGGGAGAUGGUUUUCCAAGAAGCAAAUGCAAUAAACUUUUGAGAGAUCUCGUCAGAAGUAAAGUUCCACUGCAUAUUCGCGAUAAUUUGAAUGAUGCUUUGUUAUUCUUGAGGGGCAAAGACCUUUCUUCAAGAAAUGAUCAUUUCAGUUUUUUGAAGGAAAUAAUGGAGCAGACGAAAAAUGGAACCAUUUUACCGAACUUCGAAAGUAAAAAAAAUGAAGAAACUAAUGAACGGGUGUGAUUAUUAAUUUACGAAUUUUUUUUGUUAUUUUGUUAUUGUUUCAUAACUUUUGUGAACAAAUUCAGGAUAUUGGUCUCUGAGUUAUUUGGAGCCGGAAAGGUAUUUUAGUCCUUUGUCUGGAAAUGCUUGGUUUCCAAGAUACAGACAGAGCAGGGCGUUGAAUGUAUUCCAAAUGAAUAACGAAUUCCUCUUCAUUUUUGAAACAGCUUGAGAUAUUUUAACGAGGUUUGGUCAAGAUGGAUACCUUAUUAAAGUGAUUAUUUCACAUUUAAUAACUCAUCUU